AUGGAAACAUUUGCUUUGAUGGUUUUUCCCUACAAUGAGAUGUGCGUCAGCCCACGUACUGGUACUCAACUGGACUACUUCAUCUUUCCAAUGAUGGUGGGACGUCUCCUCAGCUCUGCUCUAGCUACAUUGAUGCCAUCUAUAGGCGCAGAUCAAAUUAUCAUUGUUGUUCUACUUUCAAUGCACCACUUAAUGUGUUAUUUCCCCUUCUUGGUAAUCGCUUCGGAAGGCGGCCAGUGUCGCAUUUUAUCUCCAGUACCGGUUUGCUGCCGUUGGAUUAAUGCUAGUUGCGUUCAACAAAGUAGCUAUGGGAAAACAUUAUAUCGGUUGCUUGGAACAACCAGUGACGAUCGCGUGCCCAUAGACGAAACCGACUCGAGCGGUAACGUCGUUGUGGCUUCGCAUUUCGAUGAAGACGACAGCCAGUAG